AUGUGGAAUGGAAUUGCUGAAUGCCGCUUCAGGCUCAUAACUGACUUUUUUUUCUCUUCUGGUUCCUUUCAGAACAAUGAAAUUUUGGGCUGGUGUGAAAGCCACAGAAGGUGUGCGCAGUGCUUACAGCCAUGCAAGGAACUGUGGGAGUCCCGAAGAGAUGUGUCCCACAAGCCCUGUGAGAAGCACCACGAGUGCGUGACCAGCUCCGAGUUCCUCAGCUCCAUCCGGGCGCGGAAGCAGGGGGACUGCCCCGCUCCCCAGAAGGCCUCGGGCUUCGCGGCGGCCUGCGUGGAGAGCUGCGCCGCGGACCGCGACUGCGCUGGGACCAGGAAGUGCUGUCCCAACGGCUGCGGGCACACCUGCCAGACUCCGGCCAACCUCUUUAAAGGCGUCCCUUUGAAACCCAGGAAAGACAUGUCGUUCUUGGAGGACGGAGCCGGGCUGGUGGAGGUCUCCUGGAAAUCCCGAUUCAAUGUUUCUGUGGAGCCCGUGCUGCACAUCCUGCAGAGACGGUGGAAUUAUGGGAUACACCCCAGCGAAGAUGAAGCCACGCCGUGGCAGACAGUCCUCAUGACCGUGGAGGACCGUGCGCUGCUCAGGGACCUGAGGCCGCACCGGUGGUACCAGUUCAGGGUGAGCGCGGUCAACGCCCACGGGACCCGCGGCUUCACCACGCCCAGCAAGCACUUCCUCUCCUCCCGAGAUCCCACCCCUCCUGAGCCUCCGAGGAAUAUCAGGAGCGGGAAUGUCACGGCGAGAGCCGACGGGCGGGUGAAUGUGGUUCUGCGCUGGGACGCCCCGAGAGAGGAGGACCUGGCCAUCCGUCACUACAGGGUUUCUUGGGGUCCCCAGGAGCCCAGCACGGCGGGGCAGGAAGACAAGAUGGAGAGCUCGAGAGUCACCGAAGGGGUCACUCCAGAAAUUGAACUUGAAGGGCUACAGCCAAGCACUUCAUACCUGGUGCAGGUGCAAGCCAUAGCCUACUGGGUACAGAAGCGCCUGAAGAGUGUCAGGUCCCAGUUUGUCUUCACCACACCUGCUGCAGCAGCAGACACCGCUGGCAGUCCAGCCCAGGGUGGGCCAGCGGUGGAAGUCUCCAACGAGCUGCCCAGCUCUCACACCGUGCCAGGCGUCCUGAGGCUAGAGACGGCCGCCCCACACUACCACAACAACCAGCUGCAGGUCAAGGUCUUCUGGAAGACGUCCCACGAAGAAAGUCUGAAAGAUUCCGGUACGUAUCUCCUGACGUGGUACCCGGAGCUGUGUGCUAAAAACAUGACGAAGACCGCGAGGAGGGCCACCGUGCAGGGAACACACUUCGUUAUCACCGGCCUGAUGUUUGCCUGCAAGUACAGGGUGGCUGUGAAGUCCGUGUCCGCAGCAGGCCAGGGGUCAGAGGUCACGACCUCUGUCGCUACCCCGCAGUGCUCUCCGGUGAGAGGGAAGGGGCCGAAAGCUCUGCCCUGUGCGAGGGGAGCGAGGCCGGAGCGCCCCCCGCUGGCCAGGAAAGUCGCGGUGAGGCCGGAGAAGCUGACGGCCGCCUUCCGGUCGGUGAAUGGCUCGGUGCUGGCCGAGUUUCGCUGGCGGGUCGCCCCUGCUGCUCCAGCGCCGGGCUCGCUGGCUGGGUUUCAGCUGUCCUGGGUGCAGAUCUCCAGCAACAACAGCAGCGUGAGCGCCGACACAGCCGUCUACCAGAGCCGGCUCCUUUCCCCGGACCAGCCCUCCCUGACCGUGGGCGAUCUCCAGCCGGCCAGCCUGUACGAGGUGCGGGUCCGUGCUUUGAGCCCCUCGGGCAGGGGCCCGGCCACAGUGAAGACUUUCCACACUCCGCCGGCCAGCGGGGCGCUAUGAGGCACAAUUUACAAGCAUCUCCGUCUUUGGCCUGCUUUUCAACCACUGUGUGUCGAAGUGCUGCCUACAACUUCCAAGAAGACAGACGAACAAAAUAUUAAACUUCUAUUUCAGUCUGGACAGUAACCUGCUAUCGAUUUUAUAAGCGUCAACAGUGCAUUUUGUUGUUAUAUAAAUUAUAACGGUACUUGGAAUAUUUGUUGUUUUUUUGGAAUGUGCUUAUAGAAAUUGUAGUUUUUAAUAAAGCAUUGAAUAAAAAGUCUUUACAAUUUAUAAAACCAUGUAUAUGUACAGUAUAUAAUUUGUAUUAGCACUGAUUUUGAUAAUGAUCUUAAAUAUUGUUACAUUGUAUUUUACUUUUGCUUGUAUUUCAAUACUUUGUCUCUUUCAAAUGUUCAGAUAUGUGUUUGUGAGAUUCUGAAGAACAAGAAAUGUUUCUAUACAGAUACAACUGUUUCUUUUUGAAUAUAGUCCUCUAUAUAUAUCUUAGCAGAUGAAGAAGCUGUUUUUGCCAUAACUUAUUUUAAAAUUCCAAACAGUAUUGUGAACUUUUAUAUUUAACAUCUGAAAUACAGAAUAUAUAAAAUUGCUUUUGAAGAAAAGUCUUUCCAAGUUUGUUUAUUCAUUUAUUUUUUUAGAAAAUUCAUAUAGAGUACAUUUGUCUCAGAGCACGAAAGUAAUACAGAAAUUGCUGUUAUUCUGUAUGAGUGCAUUUCUAGUCAUGCUAGCCUUGUGUUAUCACACAGUUGAAAAACUCACCAGAGAAAGUAAUUGAACAGGAGUGAUUGCAAUGUGCUGCUGGCUGCCUUCAAACUGCUUAUGUCCUUCCUCACUGACAUACAACAAUUAUACUACAUUCCAGCAGGCAGACCUUUGUGAAGAGCCAGCAUUUAUUUCACUGUAGAAACCUUCCAAACUACAAACAUGGAUGCACCUCACUGGAGCAGAAAAGCAGAUUUGUUUCAUCUUUUUUCUCAGAGAAACUUGUUUGUUUGAUUGUCUCUUGUCAUUCUACCAAGUCAGCAAAAGUGUUUCUUUUUAUUUGCGGUGCUCCUGGGUUAGUGUGUUUAUAUUAUAUUUGCCUUUUGUAAAUAUUGUACCUGUUGUCAUGUAUAGAACUGUACAUCAAUACCAGAAAUACAAAAUAAAAUAAACAAAUCUAUUCAUUGUG